CUUCGUUGGCGCCAGAUGAGCAGUGGCGCCAGGCUCCAGCUACACACGCAGACUCACUGAGGAAAGACAAGCUGCAGCUUGACGAGGCUCCCGCAAGCUUAUAAAGCACUUUUCCAACCCUCUGUGUCAACUACACAUACGAUUUUUUCCUCUUUUUCCCCUCGUUGGUAAUCAAACAAAUACGUGACAGGAUAGAAAGAUCUACUCACUGACUAGAGACCCUGCACCAUAAAACAAAACCUUUACAUCCCCGAUUCUUUCUUGAGUCACUGUCCGGCUUUAAAACGGAGGUCGUGGGGUUGGAGUGUGUUCUCAUGGCGGAGUCAGAGACUGAAUGUGACACACCCGGCCUUGACACGCUUGGGUCGGAGUGUGUCAUAGCCCACAGCCAUGUCGACCUUCACUAUGGAGCAGAAACAGAGAUCAUGACAGAGGAAAAGCGUGGGUUGGAGCUAGAGAUCCAUGGCUCUGACUUAAAGAUCCAGGGACUUGGGACAGACCUUGGAGCCGUGGCUUGUGUUGAUGCCAUUGUAGAGACGGACCAUGAUUACAUCAAGGUAGAACAUGGUGAGAUGCACUGUUUUACAGGAGCAGAGAUCAAGACCACAGGAAAUGAGACUCUACUGGGAGAGGUGCUGCUUAAGACGGAAACCGAGCAUGUUGUAAAAGUGGAGUCUGAUCACGGAGGAGAGUUGACAGUUGAGUCUGAGAAUGGCGUUAUCAUACACGAAGCUCAUGGCCUACAAUGCAAUGAGUGCGGAGAGAUUUUUGGCAGCAUAGGUGAUCUUCAUCAACACUUUGAGAUCCAUAAGGACCUUAACCCUUACAUCUGUGUCCACUGUGGCGAGAGCUUUGCUGUGGAGGCCAGUCUCAAGCAGCACAUGAAGAUUCACAUGAAAGAAAAGCCCUAUGUUCCCCCUGGAGUUGAAAUCAUGGGCAAAGAUGUUAUCGACGCGUUCAGUCUCAAAUCUCAUCAGAUGAUCCAUUUGCCUGACAAGCCACAUAGAUGUUCAGAGUGUGGCAAGAGCUUUGCAGCUGCCAUCACCCUAAGAGAACACAUGAAACUACAUUCGGAGGACAAGCCCUACAAGUGCACUCAGUGCAGGAAGAGCUUUGUCCGUAGACGGCAUUUGAAGAAGCAUCAGGAGGUCCAUGCACGUGAGAAACCGUACACCUGUGGCCAGUGUGGCAAAGGCUUUGCUACAACUUCCAACCUGAAGCAGCACCAGAAGACCCACAGUGCUGCCAUUUCAGUAACACUGGGAGACAAACCCCACCGAUGUGUUGAAUGUGGAAAGUGUUUUGCUGCGGCAGCCACUCUGAGGGAGCACCAGAGGGUCCAUUCGGGUGAGAAGCCAUACAAAUGCAAUAUGUGCAGGAAGAGUUUUGUCCGCAAGCGCCAUCUGAAGAAGCACCAGCAGGUUCACGCUGGAGGGAAGCCCUAUACCUGCAGACAUUGCAACAAGGGCUUCAACCACUCCUCUUCGCUUUCACGCCACAACAAGACGCACCUGCAGAACCCAGUGUUUACUCAAGCACAGCCUGGCAAACCUCUAACCUAUGUUCCUCCCAUGAAGCAGAGGGUGCACCAGGAGGGAGACAAGCCCUACAUGUGUCAUCCACUGUGACAAGGGCUUCAAUCAUUCUUCUUCCCUGUCCCGGCACCAAAGAGUCCACUCUGACGGAAAGAGUUACACCUGUGGUCACUGUGGCAAGAGGUUCAAUAACACCACCUCACUUAGUAGGCAUCAGAGAGUUCACCUGGAGAAACAGCAACAGCCACCACAGUCACCACAGCCGCAGCAGUCGCCGCAGCAGUCCCCGCAGCAGUUUAGCCCCAUCUCCCCAGGGAAGGGAUUCCCUAACAAUGCCUUCCCAAAACAGCACAUCCUUGCCAUGGAAAAACCAUACAGGUGCUCCCAGUGCGGAAAAGGCUUUAACCAUUCAUCUUCCCUCUCCAGACAUCAUAGGAUCCAUGUAAACCAGUGAGGCUCCCGAGUCAUGUACACGUCCCUGCUGUUGUCUUCUACUAAUAGCCCAAACCUUACUACACACCACCACAGGAAAUGCCACUACAUUCUCCACAAACUAGUGGUCCACUCAAGCAGAAAUGAACAGUAACAUGUUUUACUCAGAAGGAAGAGGCGUGGCCGGCACUGUGUACUUGGACUUUGUGUUCAAUUUGAAGAUGUGAUAAUAGCUUGUGAAGAAGCCUCGCUUCUUGGUAGAUUGUGCUCAACUUGCUCCGGGAUCUGCUUUUGAGCACUUUUAAAUGAUAAAAAGAUUUAUUGAUCCACACUUAUACUCCACCUUCAGGUUAGCCUUUUUGACAGAUGUUGGUUAAUGUACCAUCAGACAGUCAGCUGCACCUUAUUCAAGCCAUCAACACAUUUGAACCAGAACUUGUCUUGUUUAAUAUCGUCACCCCCACAAUCCAUGUAAACGGAUGAUAAAAUCCUUUGUAAAUACUUAAUGACUUCCUUUUAUAUAUAUAUGUGUAUAGGUGACUAGUGUGCUGUUCCAAAAAUAAAACGCUUUGAUAGUCGGACCCACUUUUGUCCCAUGAUUUGAAUGUCAGUGAUGCCAGGGAAUAUUGAAGAUGUUGAAUCUGGGCUCCAUCGGACACUAGUUGUUUUGUAUAUUUAAGGAUGUUUCUUGUAUGUCAGCGAUUGGUUAGUGUGGUUCCAUAGACUGUACAGAGAGCAAUACUGGCUGGGACCCUGGUUCUAUGAUCUGCACUCUAGCCAUAAAAGAAAACAAAAAAAAUUAACAUACUGGUUAGCACGACCUGCUCUGUAAUUUACUCUGUUCUUCAGCACAAAAUGUAUAUUGAGAUGCAAGGAAAUGCUUUGUUUAUUGCUUUGGAAGUUUAAUCCAAUUUACUUUGUAUAGACUAUAGGUUCUGCAAGUUACCACAAUUUUGUUGAAAAGAUUGUGUAUACUUAAAAAUAAAUUAAAAUAACUCAUGAGAAGUUAGAUUUCACAGGACUAAGGUUUUCCAGAUGCCAAUGGAUGCGCUCCAUUUACUGUUCUGUGUAAAAUAUCUUUUACAAACUAUUUUUUUAGCUUGGGUUACAUGAAAGGGAAUGAGAGACACAGUUUUUAUGGGAGUGAACAUUACGGUGAGCAAUAUUUUUCUCUUAUUUGGGUAACAGUUGUGCUUCAAAUUGUAGCAUAGGUUUCUUCCUUGUGUUAGAUAGGUGCCUUAAUGCAUGCGGUGUAGAAAUGUAUGCUGAGCUGUUUGAAGAGAAUUUUGUUUAUCAGCUCUUUUUGUUCUUAUCCAUACUAACUUUACAUUUUAAUUUGUCAUACUUUUUUGCAUUCUUGUAUAUUGCCAUGUGUUACACUGUUACAACCAUAUUGUCUUUAUUUUCCCCCUUAAUUUUUGUCAAUAGCCUCACUGUAAAAGAGGGAAAGUGUAAGUGAUCCAUAUGGGCUUCUCUUAAGGGCAGUUCUGUAACAUCUCCCAGUUUCUGAGUGGCAAAUACAUGGAUAAAUAAAGGUUGUUGGCUCUCUGUG